UUCUCCCUGGUCCGCUUCAUCGACUGAGCUGCGGGAGGGGCCGGCCGGGUGCUGGCACCGUCCCGGUAGCGACCUUCAGUCCUUCCCCGCCCCACCCCCCCCCGAGAGCAGCGGGCCCGUCCCCCAUGUGCGGCAGCUCUAGCUGGAGGUGGCGGCAGGGAGCGCGGGGAGCCCCCCGCCCGGCUCAGUGAGUGACCCCGGGAAAGUGUCGGGCGGUGGGAGUCUCUGCCCCGUCUCAGGGCCGGGGGUUCUCCGGCUGCCGGCGGGGACUGGCUGCACGACGCGCCUCUAUGCGGGGCCUGGGUCGGGACGGCGUCGCGAUUGUUCGCUGCUGGGGACGUGACUUGAAGCAGAAGGGCCGUUUCCGCCUGCGGUGUAGAAAAAUCCUGAAACUUUAAUUGGAAGAUCAUAUGCUCUGUGACGCACACAACCAAUAGCUUAACUUUUUUGCCUGGUGUAUCAAGUGCACAGAAGUGGCUCCCCAUUAUUUUAAUGUUAGCUUGCUACUAAUGGGUGUGAGUAAACUGGAUAUUUUGUACAGACGGCUUCUCCUCACUAAACUUUUCAUUCGAGGAUGGGGAAGACCAGAAGAUCUGAAAAGAAUAUUUGAAUUCAGAAAGAUUAUUGGAAACCGGGAAAAAUGCCAGAAGCUGGUUUCAAGAGAUUAUCCAGUGUUUAUUGACAAGGUUGAGGAGCAAUCAGACUGUAAAAUACUUGAUGGGCACUUCAUUUCCCCUUUGAUUCACUACAUUCCCAAUAUUCUGCCUACUGAAUCCAUCAUAGCAAGGUUUCAAUUCAUAAUACCCAAGAGAUGGAACAGCAAAUACAAACCUGUGUGCAUUCAUCUAGCGGGUACUGGAGAUCAUUAUUACUGGAGAAGACGCACACUAAUGGCCCGUCCAAUGAUCAAAGAGGCUUGCAUGGCUUCUCUAUUGUUAGAAAACCCUUACUAUGGCUGCAGAAAACCUAAGGACCAAAUAAGAUCAAGUUUAAAAAAUGUCUCGGACCUGUUUGUGAUGGGAGGAGCUCUUGUUUUAGAAUCAGCAGCUCUUUUGCACUGGCUAGAGAGAGAGGGCUAUGGACCUCUAGGGAUGACUGGAAUAUCCAUGGGAGGACAUAUGGCUUCACUAGCAGUGACAAACUGGCCUAAACCAUUGCCAUUGGUUCCUUGUCUUUCCUGGUCCACAGCUUCUGGUGUCUUUACCACGGGAGUGUUGAGCAAAGCAGUGAACUGGAGAGAGCUAGAGGAACAGUACUAUACACAAACUGUUUAUGAAGAAGAAAUCAUUCAAAUGCUUGAAUAUUGUGGAACAGACUCUUUCAAGAUGGGACAAGACUUUGUUAAAAAUUCCCCCAACAGCGUGGACAGUCUGAACAACCUAGCUCUGACUUCCAGAAUGUUGAAUCUGGAUACCACAAGCGAAAUUCUGUCUACAGAAGCCAUUCACUGCCUUAGCACUAGUAAAAGUACUCUAAGUGCCUCAUCAGAAAGACUCUUACUGCAAGAUGCUCCUAAAAUGCAGUGUAUAAAUCAAACAUUUUCAACCAGCAGCAGUAGCAAUAAGAACUUCACCAGUCUGCAGGAGCACCUGAUAAGUGAAGAAAGGAAAAGGGACACUUUACAGAGAGAAUCACUAAGGUUCAUGAAAGGAGUUAUGGAUGAAUGUACCCAUGUAGCUAAUUUCUCAGUUCCAGUUGAUCCAAGUCUAAUCAUAGUUGUUCAAGCCAAGGAGGAUGCGUACGUUCCACGAACUGGAGUGCGCAGCCUUCAAGAUAUCUGGCCAGGAUGUGAAAUCAGGUAUCUGGGUGGAGGUCAUGUCAGUGCCUACCUCUUCAAACAAGGACUCUUCAGGCAAGCCAUUUAUGAUGCAUUUGAGCGCUUUCUCCAAAAAUAUGCUGUUUAAUGGUCUUCAUUAUUAAUUUGCUCAAUGUGAUCUUGUGUGACCUGUCCAUGUCUGGAAUUGCAUAUUGGCGCACUUCGGAAAGCCAGCCAGUUACACCAAUACUGAAUGGAUGGACACCAACACCGAAUGUCACACCUAGCAAUUAUCAAUAUUGGCAAAGCAUUAAUAUUAGUUUCAGUUUAACCAAAUGCCCAUCUAAGACAUAUCUGCAUUAAUUUGAACCAUGAAAUUUUUGGCAACAUUUGUUAAUGUAUGAGGGAUUUUAUGUACUUCAUAUCAUCUACUAUUUUAUCACUUCACAUAUGACAUUCUGUUCUGAAUAGUUUGCAUAUCAGCUGUAAAGAGACCAAUAUAAUGCCAAUUAAACUGUUCAAAUCUAUCCUUUAGGAUUUUAACACUUCUAUAUUUAAUGCAUUGCUACUUUUUUCCUGUUACCAAUUUUUUUCCUGCCCACACUGUUUUGCCCGCUUUUUCCUGUGCUGUUGCUGAAGAUUUGCUUUUUAAAAAGGGCUCUUCCUGCAAGCCCAACUUCAUGUGUUUCAUUGCCAUUGUUUGCGAUUGUCCCAAAUUCACCGUCAUGACUUAAAACUGCAGGAAUAAAUAAGAGAAGAUGGACAGCAAUGGGAAUAGAAAAGUCUCUCUCAAAAAAGUGUUAUCUAGGAAAAAAGUAAAUAAAGGCAUAUUUUAUUGA